CACACUGGUAGGGACCCCAUGAGGGUGGCCUCACGACGCACGCCCCAGGCUCCCCAAGGCUGGGGAGACCACCUGGAUCAGGGCGGGUGUGGUGUGUGGUGUGCACACAGCCCUUCUCUGGGGGCUCCCUGAGCUCCAUACACAUCAGAGAGGGAGCAGGAGAGAGAGAACAAGCAGCUCCAACAGCCUGGACUCCAGGGGAAUAAGGGCAUUGCCUCCUUUGGUGAAGGCCACUCCCUUCUGAUGGAGGAUGGGAGCUCCCUUCCUCCCGCGGUGGCCUGCCUGCAGCGGUCCUGGUAGGACAGUGUGGAUGCCGUAGGCUGCACAGCUGCCAUCACCCCAGAAAGAAAGUGCCCCAGAGCCAAAGUACAGAGAGCCGCAGCCACCGGGAGGUUCAGAGAGUCGGCUUGGGGCUGCUGGGGAAGCAGCUGCAGCGCGGUGACAGUGACACCACAGAGCGGACGAGACCAAGUGGAUCCCCUUUCCCUUCGACCAGAGAAGCCCUCAGCCUGCAAGCUGUUCAGCCUUGAAAGCGCCAUAACCAGGAGCUGCUCAGCCAUGGCUGAAGGGGAAAUCACAACCUUCACAGCCCUGACCGAGAAGUUUAAUCUGCCUCCAGGGAAUUACAAGAAGCCCAAACUCCUCUACUGUAGCAACGGGGGCCACUUCCUGAGGAUCCUUCCAGAUGGCACAGUGGAUGGGACAAGGGACCGGAGUGACCAGCACAUUCAGCUGCAGCUCAGUGCGGAAAGCGUGGGGGAGGUGUAUAUAAAGAGUACGGAGACUGGCCAGUACUUGGCCAUGGACACCGACGGGCUUUUGUAUGGCUCACAGACACCCAAUGAGGAAUGUUUGUUCCUGGAAAGGUUGGAGGAAAACCAUUACAACACCUACGCAUCCAAGAAGCAUGCAGAAAAGAAUUGGUUCGUUGGUCUCAAGAAGAACGGAAGCUGCAAACGCGGUCCUCGGACUCACUACGGCCAGAAAGCAAUCUUGUUUCUCCCCCUGCCAGUCUCCUCUGAUUAAAGAAAUCUGUUCUGGGUGCUGAUCACUCCAGAGGAGCCCGAAGGGGUCCUCACCCGGUUGACCCCAAAUUGUACCCUUGACCAUUGGCUGCGCUAACCCCUGGCCCACAGAGCCUAAACUUGUAACGUGCUUCUAAACGCCCAGUUCACUUUUUUUUUGUAAAGCCCUUCACCCUGGCACAGUUUGGAACCGAGGGACCAAAUGGCUUUUAGGGGCCAACUGGCUGGCCAGUCUGGGUCUGGUUUGGAAGUCCAGUUGCCUCUGGGCAUCUGCUGCAGGCUGAGCCUCUUAAUGCACGGGUGGAGCCAAAUGAAGUGCGAGCAGAGGGCUGCCAAGUGGGUUGUAACUGCAUGCAAUUCCCUCUACAGAGUAAACCCUGCCCGCAAGUCCCCUGAAUAUCUGGCAUGACUCCCUUUCAUCCUUUCAAUCCCCCACGAUUAUUAGCAGAGACGCUAUGGCUACGUUGGAGGAAGGCAGCUUUCCAUGAGUGGAAACAGGGACGAAUACAUCCCCUCUCAGGAACAGAAGGGAUUCAAAUGGCAAGGGGAGGCUGACUGGAUUCUAGUGGGCAGCUUAGAAGGAUGGGAUCUCAGUGCGCAAUGAAUGAAGGCUGAGAGGCUCAGGCACAGGAGAGCAGAAUGAAGGCACAGCCUUGGGAGUCGUUACAAUGCCUUGACUUCCCCAAGGUUAUUCGGCAGCAGGAAGCCCCUGGAUGAUGUCAGGAGGAGAAAAGAACUAGGUUCUUGAUAAAAGCCAGGACACUGGGUAUUGGGAAAUUCAUUUGGGUCUGGGGAGUGGGUGUGGGAGUGAUGAGAAAGGGAAACGUGGGCUGAGGGGACAUUAUCCUCCAAAGAGGAUGAUUCUAGAAGUGAGAAGGAAAGAGAAAGGGACGCCAUGACCUGUGCUUGGCCACCAGAAAGCGGAGGCUUUGGGGUCCUGGGGCAGUGCUUACAAAUCAUAUGGGCAUCUUGUUUGACUGCAGGUUCUGGUUCAGUGGGUCUGCGGUAGAGUUUUCCCAUUUCUUACAAGCUCCCAGGUGCUGUAGAUGCUGCUGCCUCUCCCCAGCCCCCGUACUUUAAGUAGCAAAGUCCCUAAAAGCGUUAUUCAAAUGAAGGGGGCUCAAACCCCGACCCUCCCUGGCCACACCCUUAAAAACGCAUGUCCCAUGGAUCUUCCUGCACUCAGCCAGCAUCAGCAGUUAUGCCUGAGUUAAGGAGUCGGGGUUUAAGGCACUUGGGCCCAAUGCCUGUAAAAUGCCCAUUUAGAAGAUAUACAAAAGCAUACUUCAAAAAUGUUAAACCUUCACAAACAGCUUUUCCCAAGACGCCAUUUGUGUGACGGUUACUUAUAUAAAUACGCUUCCUGCUUAAAGUAAACUUGACCCAAGUGGCUAGCAAAUUAGAAACACCAUUCAUCUCUGACAUGAUACUGUUGCCAUGUAAAGGCCUUUAAUAAGCCAUUUAAAUUUACUGUGAGACUAUACCUUUUAGGCACAUUUAAAAAUAUAUAGCUCAAAGGCAGUUAAACUGAUUAGCAUUCAGCCACUGAGAAUGAUAAUAAUAGGAUAUGAUAUAUAAGCUCAAUUAUCUACUACUUAGACUACAUUUACCUGAGAAAAUGAGAUUUUUCUUUGUUUUCCACUGUGCUGUUAUAAAUUUUCCUUUGCAAAUGGGGAUUCUUAAGCAAUGAUAUAAUUGUGCAUAAAAACUGAUGAGAACGCUAGCUCAUGUUUCAUAAUGAAUUGCAUUAAUUAUUAAUUGAAAGGUAAUUCCUUAGUAACUGAACUAUUUUGAAUGGAAGAAAAAUGACAAUUUGUGGAAGUUCAGUGUGAUACUACAACUGAGGAACUGAAACAAGUUAACGCUACAGUUAUAUCAUUCUGCAUUUGUACAGCAAAACGUUUCAUAACUUUUUUUUGUUUCUGUAACUUGGAUAAGACAAUUUGAUUUUAUUUUAGUAAAUCUUUGCAGGCAAGUUGGGAAUAGUGCAGUGUGGCUUGACAUCUCUUGACUAUGAAGAUUUGGCCAGAAAAAGGUACCCACAGAGGAAAUCCAAGAUAUUUAUAAUGGUCCAUAAUUUUUAGUGUAUGAAUCAAAUUCAAGUAUAACAUUGGCCAAAAAAAAUGAAAGCUGUGGCUAACAGAUGAGAUGGAAGUCUGUGGUUGCAGAGACCCCAGGCAUUGAGAGGAAAUACUACUGUGACCUUGACAACCUCAGCCCAGUCGCUAUUCGUGUAUCUGUUCAAUGAAUAUGUAAGUGCCAACGGUGUGCCAGGCGUUUUACUGGGUCCUGGGGCUCCUGGGAACCUUGUCUGUCUGGUUUGCUGCUGUAUUCUCUCCCAGGGCAUUAUAUUUAUGACGCAAGAUGCUGAGGAUUCAUUUCUUUCGGUCAAGUAAAAACAGAGACUUUGUAGGUUCCUGCUGAAUAAACAACAAGUCCCAGAAACCAAGGUUUUGGAAGAAUUAGCAACCCCCAGCGUAAGAUAAACCUCUAUGGAAGUGUCAGAGGACAUGGCAAGGUAAACCUAACAUUUCAACUGCAGAACCGUGUCAGUUCAGGGGGACCACUUUCAAAUCGGGAAGAAAAGGCUGUCCGAUCUUGUAAGAAGGGAGUCAGUGGCAGCUGCCUGCUCCGUUUUGAACAUGUUCUCGUUCCUCAAACAUGGAGCAUUCCUGUUGCUCUCCCUCUCCCUUGAGAAAGUCCUGGAGCCAUCUGCCCAUCAGAUGCCUCUCGUGUGGAUUCAUUUGCAGGCCAACUGUUACGAAUUGCCUGACAUUCUGUACAAAGCAUCAGGAAAGUAUAUGCUUUUGGAUUGUUUUCAAUGUGGUGGUGGAGGUGGUGGAGAUCUGUUUCCUUGGAAGGGGUGAUCAUUAAAGCCUCCUACGGCCAACAGUGUGGACUUACAAAAAACUGACUGGAACAUCACAUGUCACUGAAGAUCAGGGUCCUUGCUUUGUGUUGGAGACGGAGCCCAGGCCCUCAGCCUUGUAGAACAUACUGCUCAAAUCAACCAAGUUCCUGGGCUACAAAGCAGACCUCUGAAGAGGAAGAUGCCUGUCAUUUUACAUCACUCUCUCUUUUUUUUGCACCUUAAAAAUAUUAAUAAAUGUUCCACUUAUAGGGGAUAA